CCAUUUUUCUGCGCUAGAAAUGCGCACCCUCUCCGAUUCUUUGGCCCGUUUCUGACACCUAGCGUUCAAACUUUGAAUCUCACAUUAUAAAAACCUGCUUAACAGCGGGCCAACUCUCAUUAUAUUUCUAAAAUACCUCGCGGGCCGCUCCAAAAAAGGAAACGGGCCGCAAAUGGCACGCGGGCCGUAGUUUGGACACCCCUGGUUUACAUCCUAUAAUGCUAGCUUCAGCUCCGAGCGCUGCCAUUACUCCUGGCGCCAGCUGCUACACGAUAUGGACUUGACAAAGAAAGUCCAUUUUACACCGGAAUUCUCAUUUAAGGAGGACGGUGUAAAGGACCCCUUCCAGCCAUCAAGCCCCCCUUCCAGCGACACUCAGCCUGAGACAGACAUCAAGAAGCCAGGCGACGAGAGAACCACUUUGAGGGCAUGGAGGAGGUGGGCACUGGCCGCUGCCCCCCUUAUCCCCCUUUCCGCUGCCGUCGCACUGGCUCUCCACUUCUUUGCAUCCCCUCCGUCUCCCUCUGUGUUCUUCCUGGGAGGAAGCAUGGAGUUUUCCAACCUCAGCUUCACCCCGGAGCUGGCUGACUCUUCCUCUGUACAGUUCCACAUCCAGUCUCAGGCACUCACCCACUACUUCUCAGAGUUGUACGAGUCUACGCCUUGGAGCCCAUAUUACCGGCGCUCAGAAAUCGUUGCCUUUAGUGAAGGAGUGAAUGGACUGAACGUGUACUUCUGGAGCAAGUUCUCUGCUCCAUCGGCUGCUGAGGCAGAGCAACUCCAGAGUGUGAAGCAUUCGUGGAUGCAGCGCCGCCUGCCUGGCUCCAACAAGGUCCUGCACAGCCGCCUGGAGGAGCAGUACUACAUGGAGAAAGAUGAAGACACACUGAGGCUGCUAGGGUUGAACUUAGAGGACAAUGACGAUGAUGAUGAUGAAUCAGACGACAAGGCGGAGAAGAUUAAGAAUCCAAACUCUUUGCAGAGUGGAAAGUGGCAGCUUGGUCUUCAGGCCAUGUCUUUUGACCUCUAUGCCAAGUAUGGAAACAAUCGCACACUCAGCCUGGUGAGCCCAAAGAAGCCCUAUUACCAGUGGAGACUCAGAGUGCCCUCUGGUCACGUAGUACGACUGGAUGUGGUCACUCUACAAGGAGCGACGCCUGGGAGCUGUUCAGCCAAUAAACUUUCUGCAUAUGACUUUCUACUGCCUCUUCAGAAUAAGAUCAUCGCCAGGUGGUGUGGCAUGCCAGUGUCUGGGUCUUCUCCUGUUAUGAAGCUAACAUCAUCUGGAAAUGUCAUGCUGGUUACUUUUUCCUUCAGUCGACAAAGACAGGGAGCCAUCUUUAAGGCCUAUUUCCAGGCUAUACCAAAAGCUGAAUGUGGAGGCUUCCUCUCUGCUUGGAAUGGCUCUGUGGUGUCCCCUUACUAUCCUGCCUACUACCCUCCCAACGUGGACUGCAACUGGAAGAUCAGGGCUCCGUUGCCGGGUUACCUACUCUCCAUAACCAUUGUGAUGCUGGACAUUCAGGAUUCACCAACCUCCAGCAGCUGCGAGAAAGACUGGUUGGAAAUCGGUGGCCUCAAGCUGUGUAAUCCGAUUGGGGACAGCAGCAGGAAGAGGAUCUACCCAUCUCCCGUUUUACUACACUUUCACUCGGACGAGUCCUUAACUCACAAGGGAUUUUACCUGGUCUACAGGGCAUUUUCCCCGGAGAGCACGUGUCCGAGACAGUUCCGUUGUGGAGACGGGCGCUGUAUUCCUCUGAGGAAAGUGUGUGAUGGAGAGAAGGACUGUGCAGACGGCCGGGACGAGGCGAAGUGCUCUAUAUGCAAACCAGGAGAGGUGUACUGUGGGAGUGGACAGUGCAGGCCACAUGGGAGCCAGUGUAAUCUGCAGAUUGCUUGUGGAGACAGCAGCGAGGAAUCUAACUGUGCAGGUAAAUGUCACCACAUGUGCCCAAAUAAAAUAUGCUUGCCCAAAUCUGCCAUGUGUGAUGGAAUCAUAGACUGCAAGGACCGCAGUGACGAGCUCAACUGCACAAGAGCAUUUCAUAAAGGGUGCUCACCCACUUCCUACAAAUGUGCAAAUGGCAAGUGUGUUAAUAAAGUGAACCCGGAGUGUGAUGGCAUCAAAGACUGCAAAGACGGCUCGGAUGAGAUGCGAUGCGGCUGUGGGACACGUCCCAGAAAAAGGGCAAAAAUUGUCGGGGGCACAGAUGCUCAGGCCGGCUCAUGGCCGUGGCAGGUCAGCCUGCAGAUGGAACGCUAUGGCCAUGUGUGUGGAGCCUCGCUGGUCGGCACCCGUUGGCUCCUAUCUGCCGCCCACUGCUUUCAGGACUCAGAUGCUAUUAAGUAUUCGGAUGCCCGUGCUUGGAGAGCUUUCUUGGGCAUGCGGGUGAUGAACACAGCCAGCAAUGCUGCAGCCACCCGUCAGAUACGCCGCAUUGUCCAGCACGCCCAAUACGAUCAAUUCACCUCCGAUUACGACAUCGCUCUGCUAGAGCUCAGCGCCCCCGUCUUCUUCAACGACCUGGUGCAGCCUGUGUGUGUGCCUGCACCCUCUCACGCCUUCACCUCCGGCACCACCUGCUUCGUCACCGGCUGGGGCGUCCUCACUGAGGAAGGUGAGCUGGCCACGCUGCUGCAGGAGGCCACUGUCAGCAUCAUCAGUCACAAAACCUGCAACAAAAUGUAUGAUGAUGCUGUCACUCCCAGAAUGAUCUGCGCAGGAAAUAUACAGGGAGGAGUGGAUGCCUGUCAAGGAGACUCUGGAGGACCCCUAGUGUGUCUGGAGAGAGGGCGUAGGUGGUUCCUAGCCGGCAUUGUGAGCUGGGGGGAGGGCUGCGCUCGGCAAAACCGGCCUGGGGUUUACACACAGGUCAUCAAGUUCACAGACUGGAUCCACCAGCAGACUAAAGGCCAGGUGUGACACAUGCACACACAACUUGGAUCGUGAAAUCAUGAUUUGCACACACUCCGUUGUUUUUCACGGGCAUCAAAACCAGUCCCCAUGGUGCAUAGUCCUACAGUGAGCUUCAGCGCCUACUUUCUAUGAAGAAACCCACCAGGCCACAUCUGUACAACCACUGCCCACACAUCCAGCUCAUUCAUCUCUUCAGUAUGGCUUUGUUUUAUCCAGGACACCCAAAAUGUCCCCCAGCAUUACUAGUCUUCGGAUGAUGGACCAUUAGUUUAGAUCAUUAAUGUUCGGUUUGAAGAAUGGCAUCUUGAUUAUACAAAGUAGAAUGAGUUCUCUUAAUGAAAUUGUUACUGUUACAAUGUUUGUGUAAUUUGCAUUUGCUGAGUCACUCUUAGCACACAUGUAUUCAUAUUAAUGCCUUAAAUUAUAUUUCUAGAUUGAUUUACCCCUCACUGGUGCAUCACUUCCAUUUAUAAAUGCCAUAUUAAGACACUGUGAAAUUGUUUGCGUGUCAAGAAAUCACACAUACCCUAUAAUUUUCCCAAUUUUAUUACUGCUCCUGAUACUCCCUCCUACAGCACCCCCUAUUGGUGAGAAACAGCAAUGUUUUCUCAUGAUACUGGUCAGCUUUAAUUACACCUGAUUUUCUGUAACUUCAACAACCUGGUGUUUAUGUCAAAGCUGAGCAAAUGAUGACACUUUAUAUUAGACAUCUCAAAUACUAUAGAACUAUAUUAAACAGAGGUGCUAUAUUA